AACAACGUCCCGAACGUUUGCACAAUUUCUUGUGCAAUUUCUCAUUUCAUUGGAUUUACUGUCUAUUAAUCCUCUUUUGAUGGUGAACUGUUAUUCUUCUCCUGGUUAACCUUGAACUUGCGCAUCAUUUGUUGUCCCUUUUUCUUUCAUUGCAGCCCACUAUGGCUACCAAUGGAGCUGCUGCGCAAGAGGCGUUUGCGCCUGUAUUGACGGCUCUGGCAACAAUGCAAGGGAAUGUCUCCCGCUCUCAAAAAGCACAAGCACAUGAGUUCCUUGAGAAGUUCCAGAAAUCACCGGAAGCUUGGACUACUACCAUUGCCUUGCUGCAAUCGACAGACGCAUCACCCGAAUCGAAGCUGUUUUCAGCUACUACAUUGAAGGGAAAAAUCACGUAUGAUAUAGAGCAGCUCCCGCGCGAGACGCUGCCAGCGCUCCGUGACUCUUUGUUGUCACUUCUUACAAGCUAUCGAGCUGGUCCUCGACCAGUACGCAUACAACUCUGCGUCUGUCUUGCAAAUUUGGCCAUAUUCAUGCUGGAAUGGAAAAACGUCUUGCAAACUAUCGUCGCGACUCUAGGGACUGAAGCGGAGAAUUUGUCCUGUAUCCUGGAUUUCCUUCGUGUUUUACCAGAAGAAGUUACAGAAGGAAGGAAAAUACAUUUAACGGAAGAUGAGCUUGCUCAGAGGACAAAGGAGCUGCUCGAAGAUAAUGCAGGACAGGUGCUAAACCUUCUUGGUCAAUAUUCACAAUCAUCCGAAUCGGCAGCAACGAACCCGCAGCUCCUGGAGUGUAUCACGUCAUGGCUUCGAGAAGUGCCCAUAUCCGAUAUUGUCCAGUCGCCUCUGCUAGACAUUGUUGUCAACGCUCUCUCAGUAGAUGAUUCAUUUGAAUCAGCAGUAGAAUGCAUGUGCGCCAUUUUCAAAGAGACCCGAGAUGUGGAUGAGACGCUCGGUGUUAUCCAAACGCUUUACCCUCGGGUAGUCGCCCUUCGACCCAAGAUCGCGCAGGCCGCUGAAGAGGAGGAUCUGGAAAUGUUCAAGGGCGUGACUAGACUGUUCGCGGAGGCUGGAGAGGCCUGGGUGGUGCUCAUUGCACGUUUGCCCAGUCAGUUCCGAGGCCUCGUUGAGGCCGUUCUUGAGUGCGCUGCACGAGAUAAAGAUCGGGAAAGCAUAUCGCUCACCUUCCUCUUUUGGUACGAAUUGAAGCAAUAUCUCACGCUGGAAAAGUACAUCCAAGCGCGCAUGGAGUAUGCCGACAUUUACUCAAAGCUCGUCGACAUUAUGGUCAAACAUCUCGAAUUUCCUCGACCUGAAGGUGGCAAUGACACCGAUCUCUUUGAUGGUGACCGUGAACAGGAAGAAAAAUUCCGGCAAUUCCGCCACCAAAUGGGAGACGUGCUCAAAGACUGCUGCGAAGUCAUUGGCGUUACUGAGUGCUUGGGGAAGGCGUUCCAACUCAUCCAACAAUGGGUGUCCAAAUAUGCCUCUCAGGCAACGGAUACGAAUGUCCCGCAUUGGCAGGAGCUGGAGGCGCCCUUGUUCAGUAUGAGAGCCAUGGGUCGAAUGGUUUCUAGUGAGGAGAGCCAUGUAUUGCCGCAGGUAAUGCCGCUUUUGGUGCAAAUCCCUUCGCAUGAAAAGGUUCGCUUCCAAGCAAUCAUGGCCCUCGCCCGUUACACUGAAUGGACCGCCGAGCACCCCGAAUUCUUGGAAUCACAACUACAGUAUAUCAUUGCUGGGUUCCAGCACCCCUCCAAGGAAGUUGUCCGCGCCUCAGCCUUGGCUUUGAGGUACUUUUGCAAUGAUUGCAAGGACCUUCUCAAGGACCAUGUCACCCAAUUGCAGAGUUUUUAUGAAUCUGUGAUUGACAAGUUGCCGACGGCCAGUCAGGAGGAAGUCACAGAGGGUGUAGCGUCAGUCGUAUCUGCGCAGCCUGUCGAUAAGGUCUACCAGACAUUUAAGCUGUACUGCGACCCUCUUAUGACUAGAUUAAUGCACUUGGCCAACCAUGCACAUGAUGAAAAGGGCAAGCUCGCUGUUGCAGAUCAUUUGCAACUGAUUACCAUUUUUGUUCAAUGGGUCCAACCAUAUGUCUCCCCGUCAGAGGCGAAUCCAGCAGUAAAAUACUGCCAGGAAAUCUUCCCCGUGCUUGCUACCAUCUCCGACAACUUCACAACCUUUCCACCCAUUCUCGAGCGAGUGUGCCGAUGCUGGAGGCAUAUGGUUUUGUCUUACCGGACAGCAAUCUCGCCGAUGCUGCCGGCUCUCGCAGAUAAAUUAGCUUCCGGCUUUGCCGCCUCAAAACAAGGUUGCUUCCUUUGGGCAACAGACUCUAUUGUUCGCGAAUUUGCAGAGGGCGCAGAAUUCGUCGAUCAAACGACAACAGACGCUAUAUUCCAAUUCUUCGAACAACAAGCCGUCACCUUCUUCCGCGCGCUCAAUGACUUGCCGCCCGAGGACCUUCCUGAUGUCAUCGAGGACUUCUUCCGACUCCUCAUCGAUGCUUUGCUCUACUAUCCCUAUAAAUUCAUCCCCUCUGCGCUUACCACCCAUAUUCUUUCUGCCGCCCUUACUGCUUUGACUUUGCAACAAGUCGAACCGCUUGCAGCCACGUUGCACUUCCUCCGAGACUUGCUCGCAUAUGGCUCAGAGACACCACCUGGUUCCAGCUUCGACACUGCCGGAAGCACCACCACCAACCCGCCAGAGAUUCGUGCCGCUGUCAAGCAGCUUUUCCUCGCACAUGGCGAUGAAAUGGUGAAGAGACUGCUGACAGGCAUGAUGUUCCAUUUCCCCAAGGAUUCAAUUCCCGAUGCUUCAGGUGCCUUGCUCGGUCUGUUUGAGCUCUUGCCCACAGAAGUUGCCAUUUGGAUCAAACAAACAGUCGAGCUGUUGCCGCAAGGUAGCGUUAGCCCACAAGAGACCGAGCGUCUCAUGAAUGGAAUUUCCCAGAGGAUCCAAAGUGGAGAGCUACGGAAAUUGCGAGUCCUCAUACAAGACUUUACCACCUCCUACCGCCGACGUAAUGUCGCACCUAGAGAAGGUCUGGGCCGCCUUGCCGCAUCACGGUUUUCUUACAGCGGAUAAAAGCUGUCCUGGAUUAUUUCCCGUCAUUCUUCCUCUUUUUUUCCUCGACAGCUACACAACCCCCUCGGCUUUUCUCUUGCUUCUUUUGAUAAUAUAAUUUACUUUCUAGUAAAUUUAUUUUAUUUUAUUGUGUGUGUG